AUGAAUAUCUACGCGCACGAAUUCUCUCAUCUCGAUUUUAACUAUAAUGUCUCCGGUCCAUUCGGCGACCCGCUAUCUCACCGGUUCUUCCACGGGGAAGACGACGAUUAUCGCCGCGAUAUCAGCUACACUCUCGUCGGAGCUAAUGGCGGACAAGAAGAUACCGAUCCGAGUGUAUCUCCGGAGAAUCGCCACGACGGGAGGUCUCCGUUGCCUCUGGGGAUGGAUUGGAGUGCUCCUCCUCGUCAAUUUGAAGGAAGGAACACUGUUUGGCCACAUGAUCCUCGAACUGGAUGGAGUUACUGUGUCACCGUUCCCUCUUGGGUUGACCUUCCCAAAUCAAGUGUUUCAGAUCCUGCCGUGUUUUAUAGAGUGCAAGUGGCGAUACAAUCUCCCGAGGGAAUCACCUCUGCCAGGCUGAUACUUAGAAGAUUCAAUGAUUUCUUGGAGUUAUAUUCCUCAAUUAAAAAGGAGUUUGUGAAGAAAAGCAUACCCCAGGCCCCACCAAAGAAGGUUCUGAGGAUGAAAAACCAGACACUUUUGGAAGAGAGGAGGUGCUCUUUGGAAGAUUGGAUGAAUAGACUUUUGUCAGAUAUUGAUAUAUCCAGAAGCGCUCUGGUAGCAACGUUUCUUGAGUUAGAAGCUGCUGUCAGGUCUUAUUUCAAUGAUGAAAAUCAAGAAGCUGAAGAUACCACUGGGGAUGUUCCGUCACUUCUACCUAACACCAGUUCUGAUGUUCCCGGUAGUUCAUCUGUUACUAUUGAUCAUGUCAGCGAUUCUGCUGAUGAGACAUCUGAUGCCUCAACAGCGAAGCAUGGCGAAGCUAGUCUCAGUAAUCUUGCCUCAAGGAAUUCAGCUUCUGACGAUAAUGUGACUGAUUGGCAUGAAUUAAUCACAGAGUAUGGACUUCUUGAUAAGAGUCCUAGAACUGAUGAAGCUGCAGAAACUGGUACCGUAACCGGAGAGGGCAAUUCUAGUGGAGUUGGAUUUCAGAGGUUAGAUGGAAGUGAUAGAAAGUUUCAAACAAGAACCACUGAAAGUGAUGCAACUCACGUAAAGGAUUCUCAGGCGUCAAUUUCUGGGGAACCUGAUUCAGUUAACAGUGGCGGCACUCAGAAGGAUUUGGCUAUUGUAUUUCAGUCCGAGGAGAGACAUAAGUUAAAGAGGGUUAUUGAUACGUUAACGCAGAGACUGGAAACAGCAAAAGCAGACACGGAAGAUCUCAUCUCUAGGCUGAAUCAGGAGUUGGCUGUUAGACAAUUUCUGUCAACAAAGGUAAAGGAUUUAGAGGCUGAACUUGAAACAACACAAGAGAGCUGCAAGCGAGGCAUGGAGCAAACAGUUCUGAACGAAAAGGAAAGAUUAACUCAAAUUCAGUGGGAUAUGGAGGAACUCCGCAAGCAAUGCAUGGAGAUGGAAUCGUUGUUAAACUCUAUAAAGGACGAGAAAGCGGAGAUUGAGACUACAAACCAGUCACUUGUUCAAGAAAACCAAAUGUUGCUGCAGCAGAUCGAUGAUCUAAGUGACAAGUUUGAGAAAUUGCGUAAAGAAAAUGAAGAACUAGAAGUGAAAUCGAAAGCAGAACUUAAAGUCCUGGUCAAAGAGGUCAAGUCUCUCCGAACCACUCAAUCAGAAUUGAAACAAGAGCUUAGCCGCACCAUGAAAGAAAGACUGGAGAUGGAGAGAAUUGUUCAACGGGAGAAGGAUAGAGAAGAAACUGCAAAAACCGCAAACAAGAAGCUGCUGCACGAGUGUGAUGUUCUACAGAAUCGGCUUCAAGAGUGCAAUGUCAAGUUCCACAUAGAAGAGGAGAGCAAAUUAAUAAUGGACUCAUCAUCUGCAUCAGAAGCCAUCGAGCUACUAGCAACAUCCGAUAACCGUAUUGGUCUUCUAAUUGCUGAGACGCAGCUUCUCUCAGAAGAAGUAGGAAAGCUAACAACAUCGGACGAUGGAACAGAUGAUGUAUUAAGGAAGAUGCUAACAGAGAUCCUGAUUGAUAAUGCAAGACUGAGAAAACAGAUGAACUCUGUUCUUCGUUGCUCUUUGUCUGGAAAUGGAAUAUCAGUCAGAGAAGCCAUAUCAGAGGAAGAAGAAGAAGAGCAAGAAGGAAGUGUUGAUCUAGCAAGAACUGUUCUUAGCAAGAUCCUUGAGAAAUGA